AUGGGCGCUUUGGGGGCCUCCCAGCGUCUUUGGCGAGCAUGCACUGCGUGGUACAUACCAAACCGCUAUUGUGAAGCGCUAUCUGCACUGGAAGCUGGUGUGCGAGCAUGUACCGUGCAACAUGGUCAUGCCCUGGCUCGCACACGACAAACGACGUAUUACAAUUCUCCUCCCGUUUUGGAGCUGAGCUGCGCGAGGUGGACGGCACAGUUGGCGGGGCUCGCCGCCCACGCACCUCUACCUGGCUUCGAUCAGUGGGGUUGGGCACGCCGUUCAGGCCCCGUUAGCGCUCCAUCUUUGGCGGCGGUUUGGCGGCUGCAGCGCCGCGAGCACCCGGACAGCCAGGGUCUCUGCUCCAGCUCAAGUACCGAGUACGGAGCACAGGCUCCGCAUGCCAACCCAAACAGGCGAUGCCUCGGCGCCGUCAUGCCAUUUGAUUUGAUCGCAGCCGCUCUCCUUAAUCGUGCAUGGAGGCUCAAAUGGGAGCAGCGCCGCGCAUGCAGUCUUAUACGCCUUCAGUCUUCUUGUCCAUCUUGUCCGUAUCGAUUAGGGGAAAACUCAUUGCCAAAUAGAGACAAAGAACAGUUCAUAUGA